CCAAACAUUAUGAAGGGGCAUGGAGAAAAUAACUUCACCCCAGUACUCUACAGUGAAGUCCUUGAACUUCCAGCAGAGGGUGAAGACAGAAUGAGAGGCUCCGACUCAAAUCACCUUUUAUCUUCCUCUUCUAUUGUAGAAGAUAAUCCAUCUUCUAUUGGCAAAACUAGAACUAUUCAUAGAUUGGGUAAACUUUUGGCAUGUUCUGAAUGUGGGCAGCGAUUUAAAAAGAAAUGUAAUCUUUCCAUACAUGAGAGAAUUCACAAAGGUGAAAGGCCAUUUACAUGUUCAGAAUGUGGAAAAGGUUUUUGCCGGAAAUCAGUACUUGUGAGACAUCAGAGUAGUCACACAGGAGAGAAGCCAUUUUCAUGUUCAGAAUGUGGGAGAUGUUUUAACCAGAAACCAGAACUCGUGAGACAUAAGAAAACUCACACAGGAGAGAGGCCUUUUCCAUGCCCUGAAUGCGGGAAGUGCUUCAGUCGGAAUUCAAUUCUUGUAAAACAUCUGAGAACUCAUACAGGAGAGAAACCAUAUUCAUGUUCAGAAUGCGGGAAAUCUUUUAACCAGAAAUCAGAUCUUGAAAAACAUCAAAGAGUUCACACAGGGGAGAAGCCAUAUUUAUGUUCAGAGUGUGGGAAAUGUUUUAACCAGAAAUCAGAUCUUGUGAAACAUCAAAGAAUUCACACAGGAGUGAAGCCAUAUCCAUGUUCAGAAUGUGGGAAAUGUUUUAGCUAUAAAUCAGAUCUUGGGAUUCAUCUAAGAAUUCACACAGGAGAGAAGCCAUAUUCAUGUUCAGAAUGUGGGAAAUGUUUUAACCAUAAAUCACAACUAGUGGUACAUUUAAAAAAUCACACAGGAGAGAAGCCAAAUUCAUGUACAAUAUGUGGGAAACGUUUUCGCCAGGUAUCACAACUUGAGGAACAUCAAAAAAAUCACACAAUAAACUAUUUUCAGGUUCAGAAUAUGGAUUCUGUUUUAGUCACAAAUCAAAUCUUUUGGAACAUCUAAAAAUUCACACAAUGGUGAAACCACUUUCAUGUGCAGUGUGUGGGCAGCGUUUUGGCCAGAAAUUGGUUCUUUUGUCACAUCAGAUAAAUCACUAAGGUGAGAAUUCAUUGUAGUGUUCAGAUUUAUGAAAAGUGGAAGUUGUGAGCUCCAUAUCAGUGUGUAGGACAUGAGAAUGCCUUGUGACGUCGAACUAUAAGGUGCUGUUCAGCAUUAGAAGAUUACAGCAGCUUUCCUCAAAAAACAAUGCCACGUCUGUCCACAGGUUGUGUGUGGUAUUGCAGUUUUGCCGUAUUCACUUUAAUAGAGCCAAGUUGCCAUACCAGACACAACCCAUGGACAGGUGUGGCACCGUUUGUGAAAGAAAUGAGACAUGUUUUCCGAAUUCUGUAAACCUCUUUUAACUCUCUGCCACAAGAUGAUGAUGUACAUAUAUGUCAUAGAAUGGCUUUGUGUUGUUUUUUUGUGAAUGUUGCAGAAAUGAUGUAUAAUUUUCAUCCCAUAAAUAGGUUAAUAAGUAAUAACAAUGCUUGUCACAGAGGUACACAGAAAUAUAAAAACAUUAUAGUUCUCAGAAUAUGGCAACACAGGACCAAAUAGUAAACUGCAUACAUUUGGUAUCACUUUAAGCAUUUACACCUACCGAAUAAAGGUAAUAGUGUUAGAACUAUCGGCAGCAGAACAGUAAUUGGUAGAGGAUCCGAGGAGGGCAGAUCACACAGGUUACAGAGAGAAAGCAGUUGCAAGGGGGAGGCAGCAGCAUUCUGGACACACUGCUCUAGCAUGUACUACAGGGAGAGAUACACCCACAUUAGAAAAUUGUCAAAAUAGGACCCUUUCCUGGCCCCUCUGGAAUGAACUACCCCUUUAAGGUAGAGCUGUAACUAUACUUAGCUUCACUGCCUACAGGAAAUCUGAGGUAAUUCUGAUAUCUCCUGGGUAAAUUAGCUCUUUCCCUCCAUCAGCAGUGUACCCUCCUCAGAUGAGCUGCGGUGUAUAAGCACUAUCACACCACUAGCUCACUGGGAGUUGUAGAGAAUAUGUCAGCAGAAAAUUACUUAUUGUUAAAAUCCUGUUAUUUGAAGUAUGGUUUUUCUUUAGAAUCUUUGCAGAUUUUUACAAUAUUUUUCCAUGUGUUAGGCUGGCGGCCCAGGUUCGCUGCUGUCCUAAGCAGACACGGGCAUUGCUUCCCCUUAUCCUGUCCAGCUGCUGACUAAGGUGCUGAUCAGCCUUCCUAUUAAAGGGGUUGUCCGGGUUCAGAGCUGAACCCGGACAUACACUUAUUUUCACCCAGGCAGCCCCCCUGAGGCUAGCAUCAGAGCAUCUCAUGCUCCGA